AAACUUUGUGACAUCAAAAAUGUCUCAUCGAAGGAAUACUCUUGAGGAUUCUGAAACAAGUUCGAAAUUACUCGAAGAUGCUGAUGCUUCUAUGGAAAAAUUAACGAUUAAAGGGCGAAUAAAACCCGCUAAGCCGAUGAUAAAAGAACCGGUCAUUCCUGUGAGGAAAACGGCCGGGUUAUUUCCGAAGUAUUUUUCUCGCAUCAAAAAGGUGGUCGACUACACUUAUAAUGCAGACGAAGAAUGGAAACCUUUUCGUACAGUUCCAUGCAAAAAAUCUAAAAAGAAAAGAGGUUACUUGGAUGGAAAAACGAAAAUGAAUAAUAGACUUUAUGUAGAAACGCCGCAACAUCGUAUUUUGACUGUCUUGGAACACGACAAAGGUUACAAUAAAAUAGUAGAAGGUAGACCCAUACGCGGUGAAUUCAGCAUCAGGGACUACAUACAGAACAUUAGGGACAGUUUGACGACGAAGAUUCUAAUCGAUUACAGAAGAAACGACGUCGAUGCGUUGCGAAAAAAACUCAACGAGGAGUCCAAAAUCAUCCAAAAAGUAUCGGAAGACCUGAAAGUUUAUUCAAAAGUUUUCGAUCGAAUUCUCAGCGAAGAUCACUCGUCCAGUUCCAGUUUGAUAAAUGAAUCCAACGAGAAGCAACGAAAUUACGACAAAUUGCGGGAGGAAUGCGCUAAUUGGAAGAAGAAAUUCAAUUCUAUGAAAGCUGCUUUGUAUCAUUCAGAGGUGAAAUGGGAUAGAACGAAUGCAUGCAGGAGAUUUUUGAGCUACAUCAGCCCGUUGCAUUGGAAAAAGACGCACGAUGAUCGAAUGAGCGUAUUGGAUUCAAUGGAGGAGGAAAUUUUACUUUACACAGAAGAGCAAAACGAUUACAAAUCAGAAAGAGUCCUCGAUGAAUCGAUUGAACAUAUGCAAAAAGUGUGCUUAGAUUUAGAGCCUCCUAGAUUGUAUUUUAAUGAACCCGAAGAAUUAAUCAACCUAUUCAAAUACAUGGAAUACCAGAACAUGAAUUACCUGCUGCACGUGGAAGAAGUAGGAGCUCCAUUGGAGAAAAUACACAUAAAUAUGGAAAACGCGGCGCUGUCAUUCGACCAAAAGAUCUUUUCCAUAAAACAUUCCAUUAACGAAUUAACCGAAAUUAUAGAAUGGGAAGAGAAUAGUGCGCAGAAUUUCCGGAAAAUGAUCAAUUCAGUCAUUCACAACGAAUUUAAGAAACUGAUCAAAUCUAAAGAAGUACUCGACUUGUACGUAUUCGUCGAAGACGUAUACGAAUCUAUAGGGAGUUCUGAAGUUAUCGAUCGCAAUAUCUUGACUAUGAUGGAGUCGAUUGAACGCCAAUAUAGAAAAGAAAAACUUUCAUUGGAUAAGGUCCCGUGCGAGAUGGCGAAACUAUUAGAAAGCAAAUACAACAUCGAAUCGAAGAAACUGAUCGAAUCCGCAUCGCUGGCGCAAAAGCAACAUCUCGAAUUCGAGAUGGCGUUGAAAUCGUUGAGAAAAGCCUAUCAGGCGCCGUUUAAGAAACGACAAACCAGAGAAUUAAAAGGAAGAUCAAAAGUGGCCGUUUGCAGGAAAUUAAAACUGAUGCCUGCUCGUCAUUUGACUGCUCAGGAAUCCGAUUACUUGGAGUAUUUUACCGAUUUUUGUGAAUACACGGAUGAUCCGUUUGAGUACGUGGAAAAUUCGAUGGUUGAAAUUAACGAUAUAACUAACGAGACAAUUUAAGAAAGCAAGGUAUAUGAAUAAUAUGAAUGGAUAUGAAUUUAAUAUUACAAUUAUAAUUUGUAUGGUAUCGUAA